AUAUCCGUAUCCAGUUUAUGAGACAUCCGAGCAUUGUGUGUAUCGAUUGGGUGUGAGCAGCAAUGUUGGUGGUAUAGGUAUGAGUGGUUCGUUUGGCUAUGGUGUCUAUCAACAUCCAGCGUUUGUUCAUUGUCAAGCUAAUAACAACAAUCAUAACAACAACUGCAGCAGCAGCAAUAAUAAUCUGAUGCAACAGCAAAUGCAACUGCAAAGACAAAUGAACUAUAUGGCCGUACCACCGCCGCCACCUCCACCACAAUCACUUCGUAUGAACUGCGCUGCUGGAGGAAUGCAGUCGUCACCAACAAUUUUAAUACCAGCGAAUAAUAUGUCGUCGCCGUCGAUAUCAUCCCAGAAACGUUCAGCAUUGAAGCAGCCAUCGUUGCCGUCGAAUAUGAAUUAUUAUUCGAAUGUGGCAUUCAAUAACAUGAACAUGGCGGCCAUGAAUAAUUCCUAUGUGAACAUGAUUGAACAUCAGCAACAACAACAA